AUGGCGUCUGUCCAAGCUACUGCUCUUUUGACAUCGGUUGUAACCAAGAAUGGCAAUACCAGUGCCUUCUUACCACCUGGAUUUUCAAGUGCAUCAUCAGCGGAAUGCAAGGAGUUUUGCGCUCGCUCUCUGGCUUCGGGCGUCAGAGCUACUUUAACAUUUGAUCCACAAACAACUAUGCAAAAGAAGCGCACUGUCGAUCCUUCUUCUCCUGAUUUUCUUCCUCUUCCCUCUUUUGAACACUGUUUUUCGAAGAGCACCAAAGAAUACAGGUUGACAUGGUCGGAGACUGUGGUAUUCGAGUUGUUGUUGUUUGGGAUUGAGAGGCGAGAAUGCGUUUUACUUUCAGCUUCAGUUUCAGCUUUAAAUAGAGAGGAAGUUCUGAACCAGAUUCGAUGGGAAUCAGAAUUAAAUAAGAAUCCUCGUAGAUAG